AUGGGUGAUUCUAAAUCCUCUUUUCAUCUGGAACUUGCCGUUUCUAAUAUCAAAAACAACAUUUCCAUUACCCUAGAAAUGGAAAAUGUGCAAUACUCUACGUGGGCGGAGUUGUUCAAGAUUCACGCAAAAUCUCAUCGGGUUCUUCAUCAUAUCAUUCCCCCUGCCGAGACAUCCAAAGGCAAGGAGAAGGUUCCGUCUUCCGAGGAAGAACAGGAACUAUGGCAGACCCUUGAUGCCACAGUUUUAUCGUGGAUAGAUGCUACUGCCAUGGAUGCUUGGAAUAGGCUGCGUGACCUAUUUCAGGACAACCGACAUUCUCGGGCUGUUACUCUUAAGCAGGAGUUUUCCACCACACAUUUGGAGGACUUCCCUAACGUCUCGGCAUAUUUUCAGCGCCUUAAAUCUCUCGCUGAUUAA